AUGCAGCUCACACUCCAAACCACAUCUUUGAUCUUCCUCCUCUCCGCCAUUUUGUCUGUCCAUACGUCUCCAGUCCCAGCGAACGGCAAUGAUCUCCUCGAUCUUUCAGUCAGAAAUGAGAACAUAUAUGUUGCUCGAGCAAUAGAUCUUGAGCGGAGACAAAGAGGCGGGGCUGGUGCUGGUGGGGCUGGAGCAAAGGCUGCUGGAGCCAAUGCUGGAGCUGCAAAUGCUGGGGCUGCUGGGGCUGCCGGAGCGAAGGGUGCUAAUGCUGGUGCGGCCAACGCUGCAGGUGCAGGCGGUGCUGGUGCUAAUGCGAAUGCUGGUGCGGCCAACGCAGCAGCUGCAGGCGCAGGUGCUGCCAAAGGCGCAGCAAAUGCCGCCGCAAAUGGAGCAAAUGCUGCUGCUGCCGGGACCGCUGCUAAAGGAGCCAAAGGCCAAGGCGCUGCCGCCCAAGCUGCUGCUGCACAAAAUGCCGCUGGUCAAGCUACCGCCGCAACUGCAGGAACCGGAGGCAAUGCUGCGGCAAAAGCAGCCAAAGCAGCCGCGAAAGCGUCUGCGGCUUCCGCCGCAUCUGCAGCAUCAGUAGCAGCUACUGCAGCAGCUGUUGCAACGGACGCAGCCGCCGCUACAGCUACCGCAACUACCGGAAAAGGAGGAAAAGCAGCUAAGGCGGCCGCCAAAGCAUCGGCCUCUGCAGCUUCUGUUGCUUCUGUAGCGGCUACCGCUACUGCAGAUACCGCGGCCGCGGCAACUUCGGCAGCCGGUACUGAUCUCCUUGCUCUUGCUAAUGCGAGUAUUGCAGCUGCCAAUGCUGCCGCGACUGCUGCCGCUUGA